CGAUAGCUCUAGCGACCGCCGCUGCCGGGCAUGGGGCAAGGCGGGAGCCGAGAGUUCGAGGGCGGGCCGGAAGGCUUCCCGCCCGGCUCAGAGAGGAGGAGCGCUCGGCAGGCGGAGGAGGCGCCGCAGGAAAAUGCGGUGGUGCCCACGGUGCUGCAGUGGUCCCAGGGCGGCCAGUCCGUCUACGUGACAGGCUCGUUCAACGCGUGGGGCGAGCGCAUUCCCCUGCGCCGCAGCGGCAACGACUGUGUCGUGUGCCUAAACCUGCUGCCCGGAACGUACCAGUACAAGUUCAUUGUGGACAACGAGUGGCGCUUCGCGGCGGACCAGCCCACCGUGCGCGACGAGAUGGGCAACAUCAACAACUGCAUCACCGUCGAGGACCAGACCUCCUUCAUGCGCGAGGAGCAGCCGAGCGGCUUCUUCGACAACAACCAGAACCUCUACACGCAGGCGCUGCCCGACGAGAUCACGCUCGCCAAGGAGCCGCCGCAGGCGCCCUCCCACCUCUGGUGCCUGCCGCUCAACUUUCCGCCGCUGUGCGAGCCGCACGUCGCCUCUUGGACGCUGCUGCCGCCGCUGGGCGUCACGCUCACGCACCUGCUCGCCGCGGCCGCCGACCGGAGCACAAACACCCUCUCGGUCACACAGAGGGUGCGCUCCAAGUUCGUCACCAUGGUCUUUAUCAAGCCCGCGCGCGGCUCUGCAGCGGACGCGCGGCUAGGGCCAGCGCCGGCUGGCGGGCAGGCGGCCGGCGGUGGCUUCGCGCUCCCGCAGCUGCCCAGCACCGCAGCCGCCGUCGCAGCGCAGCAGCAGCUCCAGCACCAG